AUGCGGCGUUUGUUUUGUACGUACGAGUUGCUCAAAGCGGGCCUGUAUGCGACAGUUGGUGCCACUGUUGCGAUACAUCUCAGUCGUGGACCCAGUGACCGUGCCCGGUUUGUUGACACUGUGAACGCGGCGGAAAUUGCAGUCCCACAACCGGGUUUACCCACCACCGGUGGUGGGUUUAUCCCUGCCAAUCUAAUGCAGUCGAAGCCGUUCAAUUCAGUGGGUUUGCCAACUUCCGGUCAUUUGCGUGUUUUUGAUGGGUAUGUGUGCGCCUACGAUCGACGAAACCGAAUUCCACUGUGGGUCAUGGAACAUCUGACACCGGCAAAACUGGCUACUGCAAAUUCUACGGAGAAUUUAGUGGACAGGUGNGGUGGGUGUUUUCUGUAA